UGGGCAUGCGCGCGGUCGCCUCCUCCUCGGGAGUUUGGGGCGUUUCGGUCGCGGACUGUGGCCGGGCCGCGGAGCGUCGGGGCAGGAGGAGGGAGCCCGGAGGCCGGGAAUGGAGUUGGUAUCAUUUGAAGAUGUAGCUGUGGACUUCACCCGGCAAGAGUGGCAGGACCUGGAUGUUGUUCAGCGAAACCUCUACAGGGAUGUGAUGCUGGAGAACUACACCAGCCUGAUGUUCUUGGGGAAUUGUUUGACCAAACCAGAUUUGAUCUUCAAGUUGGAGCAUGGACUUGCACCGUGGAGUGUAAAAGAAGACUCAAUUCAGAGUUUUCCAGGAUUAAAAAGUAAACAGAAAAUGUACUGGACAAAAACUGAUGAUUUAAAACAAUGGCAGAAUGCUUUUUAUCACAAGUUACAUCACACUUGUCAUCAAGUAACAAUCUCAGGUGAAAAAUUGUAUGAAUGUUGUACAGCCUUGAACUCCAAGUCACAGCUCACUAAGCAUCAACGUACUGAAACACGUGAGAAGCCAUAUGAAUGUGGGAAAACUUUCAAAUCCCAGUCAUAUCUCACUGUGCAUCAGAAUCCUUACACAAGCGAGAAGCCCUAUCAAUGUAAUGCUUGUGGGGAUGCUUUUCUUGCAAAGUCAGAUCUUAAGAAACAUCAGAAAAUUCAUGCUGUUGAGAAGCCAUAUGUGUGCACUGAAUGUGGGAAGGGCUUCAUCUUCCAGUCUGAUCUCACUGUGCAUCAGAGAACUCACAUAGGUGAAAAGCCAUAUGAAUGUACUACAUGUGGGAAAGCUUUCAUCAGCAAGUCACAGCUCACUAUACAUCAACAAACUCACACGGGUAAAAAGCCAUAUGAAUGUACUGCAUGUGGGAAAGCUUUCAUCAGCAAGUAUUGGCUCAUUGUACAUCAGAGAACUCACACAGGUGAAAAGCCAUAUGAGUGCACUGCAUGUGGGAAAGCUUUCGUCUGCAAGUCACGGCUCAGUAUACAUCAGAGAACUCACACGGGUGAAAAGCCAUAUGAAUGCACUGUGUGUGGGAAAGCUUUUGUUGUGAAGUCAAAUCUAAAUAGGCAUCAGAGAACUCACACAGGUAAAAAGUCAUAUGCAUGCACUACAUGUGGGAAACUUUUCAUCUGCAAGGCACAGCUCAUUAUACAUCAGAGAACUCACAUGGGUGAAAAGCCAUAUGAGUGCACUGCAUGUGGGAAAGCUUUCGUCUGCAAGUCACGGCUCAGUAUACAUCAGAGAACUCACACGGGUGAAAAGCCAUAUGAAUGCACUGUGUGUGGGAAAGCUUUUGUUGCGAAGUCAUAUCUAAAUAAGCAUCAGAGAACUCACACAGGUAAAAAGCCAUAUGCAUGCAUUGCAUGUGGGAAAGCUUUCAUCUCCAGGACACAGCUCACUAUACAUCAGAGAAUUCAUACAGGUGAAAAGCCACAUGAAUGUACUGAAUGUGGUAAAACUUUAUCUCCACGUCAGAUCUUAGUAGGCAUCACAGAUACCACAUAGCUAAAAAGCCAUAUGAAUGUACUCUAUGUGGUAAAGCUUUCUUUUCCAAGUCAAACCUCACUAUACAUCAGAGAAUUCACACAGGAGAAAAGCCAUAUGAAUGUACUGUAUGUGGUAAAGCUUUCAUCUCCAGAUCACAGCUCACUAUGCAUCAAAGAAUUCACACAGGUGAAAAGCCAUAUGAAUGUACUGUAUGUGGUAAAGCUUUCAUCUCCAAAUCACAGCUCACUGUACAUCAGAGAAUUCACACAGGAGAAAAGCCAUAGGAAUGUAUUCUAUGUGGGAAAGGUUUCAUCUUCAAGUCACAACUCACUAUGCAUCAGAGAACUCACACAGGUGAAAAGCCAUUUGAAUAUACUCUAUGUGGUAAAGCUUUCAUCUUCAAGUCACAGCUUGAUGUGCAUCAGAGAACUCAUACCGGGAUAAAGAAUAGAAUGCCGUGCAUGUGGGAAGGCUUUCAUUACCAAGUCAGAUUUUAAUAAUCAUCAGAGAACUCACAAAGGUGAAAAGCCAUAUGAACUGAAUGUGGGAAAGCUUUCAUCUCCCAAGUCAUAGCUCAGUAUACAUCAGAGAACGCACACUGGUGGAAAAACCUUAUCAAUGUCCUGCAUGUGGGAAAGCUUUCAUUACCAAGCCAAUCUAAAUAAGCAUCAGAGAAUUCACACAGGUGAGAAGCCAUGUGAAUGUACAGUAUGUGGGAAAUCGUUUAUGUCCAAGUCACAUCUCACAGUACAUCAGAGUACUCAUAUAGGUGAAAAGCCAUAUGAAUGUAAUAAAUGUGGGAAAGUUUUUACUGCUAUACCAGAUCUUAUUAAACAUGAGAAGACACAGUUGAAAGAUACAUGAAUAUGGAUGUGGGAAAGCUUUUAUUUCUCAGUCACAACUCAGUAUAUAUUAGAGAAGUGACACUUAGGAGAAACCAUAUUAAUGUUGGAAAGCGUUCAUCCCCAAAUCAUAGCUUACUGUUCAUCAGGAAAGUCAUAUAGGUGUAAAGUCAUUAGACUAUAAUGGAUAUGGGAAGUCAUGUCUCAAUAGGAAUCAAAGAAUUCAUUCAGAUCAAAAGACAUGAAAAAAUUUAGAUAGAAAUGUUUUAUUUGCUAUGCCCAUCAUUAUCACAGAAUUUAAGCAGGUGUGAUUCCCUGUGAAUGUGGUAGCAUUUUUGCUAAAGUCACAAAUUGCUGUUCAUCAGUGAAGUCACAUAGUUGUAUAGCCAAAUGAAUGUAGGAAAGGAUGCAUCCAGUUGUUGCACAUCAAUAUUCAUCAGAAGCCUCAUACAAGAGCAAAGUCAUAUCAUGCAAUGAAUGUGAAAAAGCUGUUCCUUAAUAAUCCAAAAAAAAAUGCACACAUGUGGGAUACUACAUUAAUGUAAUGAAUAUGAGAAUUUUCUGAAAGUGGGAAAUCUUUUUUCCUGAAAUCAGGUCACUAAUUAUAUGAAAACUCACACAGGUAAGAAUAUAGAAUAUUGUCUUUCAGUCACAGCUCACUAUGCAUCAGAGAAUACAUACAAUUGAGUAGACACGUGAAUGUGGGAAAGCCUUCUUUACCCAGUCACAGCUUACUAUGCAUCAUAGAAUCAAUAUACCUUGAAAAUCAUGAACAUAAUGAAAGAUGAAAACAUCUCUUCCAAGUUUUGACAGCCAUGUAUGGCAGAACUAAACAAAUGAGAAGCCAUACACACACACAUACACGCAGUGAUUGCAAGAAUGCUUUCUUCCAUAAGUCAAAAUUCAUAUGUCAAAGAAGUUUUGUAGAUAAGUCCUAUCAAAGUAGUGUAGUUUGAAAUGUUUCUACAAUUACAACUCAUGAAUCUGGAAGACAUACCUCUGAGAACUUUUACCAAAUAAAAGUCAUUGGAAUGUG